CGUAUAUUAGUAAUUACAAGGAACAAGAAGAAGAUGGUAAAAUUACUAAAAUACAUAAUCAUCAUCAUGUAGAUCAUAAACAAUCAAAUUGUGCUUAAACUGAAUUAUUAUGGACAACAUGGAAGACAGUGGAUUUGACAGUGAUCACAAAUCGAAUCAAACAGAUGCACCUGACAGUCCCUUGAAUGGCACAGCAAAUGGACUUGGUACACCAAAGAAAAAUUCAAGCACAUACAAGAAAUCUUUUGACUUACAAAGAAAAAUAGAUAAACACAAAGAAAAAGCUGCCAAACGAGCUGUAACAGUCCAACCACAGAGAUUAAUACUGUCCAGAAAUAGAUUAGCUGUUCCUCAGAAAAAUGACAUAAAACCAAUGAAUGAAGAUAAUCAGCCUCUUGUAGCAAUCAUGACAGAUGACAGUGAUGAUGACUUUGAAUUACCUGUGAUAUCCAAAGCUGCUCAAAAGGAGAUAACCCAGCAAUUAAUCAAGGAUGGCUAUAACCUUGACCUUGAACCAGAUGAUGAAGACCUUGACCUCAUUCCGCCAAGGCCAGUCAGUGAACGAUGUACUUGUUGUAAUUACUAUACAGGGUAUUGUGCUAUCCAAUAAUGCCAUAUGGUGCUGUAGGAAAAAGAUGGAACUGUACUGAAUGCUAUGUGUAAGAUAAGCUGUGAGUUGAUUUAGGCACUACAGAUGAUGGUAUAAAUGUACAUCUUGCAUCAUUUUCUUAAGAAUUAUCACAAACAUUUUUCUUUCAUUUUAAUUAAUAUACAUAUAUAAGAGAUUAAUUGUAGGUAAAAUUAUUUUAUUAAAGUUUUAAAAAUCAAUUUAAAUUUUUUGAUAAUACUGAACUACU